AUGAUCUCAACCUCAGUCCAAAAAGUCAACCACGAAACCGGCGCAGCCCGCACCACCCUCCUACGCACCCACGCCCAUGCCUUCUGCCAAUCCCUCCUCUCGGCCCCUCCACCACGCGAGCUGCUCUCCCAGCACUUCAUCCCCGAUUCCAAAGACAGAAAACCCACAAUCUUCGAGCACGGCCCCUCCUGGGCAACCUCGCGGCUGCCGUUCCUAGGCCGCGAGUUCAUUGGAGUAGAUGAGUGCGAGAAGUACUUCACUGUUCUGUCCGAGACGCUGAAGAUGAAAUUAAGCAAGGGCAGCUUCCCAAGCGUAGACGGCUUUGUGGUGGACGCAGAGAAGAACGAGGUGUGUGUUGUGGGGAAGGGGAGGUUUGAAAGCGUGAGCACGGGACGAAGUUGGGAGGAGCAGUUCUCGUAUGUUCUAGGGGGUUGGGAUGAGCAGGGGAAAUUGGGGAACUGGCAUAUUUGGGCAGAUCCGUUGAGUGCUUGGGUGGCGUUGGGGGAGGAGGACAUAGAGGGAUGGGGGAAGGGGGAGCAUAGGUCCUUAGGGAUGUGA